CAUUUAACAAAGCAAACAAUGUUUUGUUUUAAAAUAUUUUAACCAAUGAAUUGUGAAUAAGCUUGUUGCACGGAUUAGCAAGUAGCUUUAAAGAAGGAAUAGUUAUGGUUUUAUUCGCUAUUGUUAAUAUAACGAACUGAAAAUGAAAUCACAACUAUCGACAAUUGACUAAUUGAUCAGAAGAAAAAGGCACAAAACAAAACUCUCCAGACUUUUGUAUUCUACAACAACACAGCCAGAAGUCUAAGCCAAACAUUCAAAACGAUAUCUCAAGCAAAACAAGAUGAUUAAGCAAAAGAUCCUGAUAAGAGUCACUAUGACAGAUGACAAAACUAGAGCAAAAGCAAUGACAAAAGCAGUUCAGUUUAAAGGUAAGAAGAAGACCUUCUCACAAAAAGACUACCAGCCUUUGUUGCAUUUAACGCUUUAUGAAAAUGGUUUUAUAGGUGUGUCAGCAGUGGAAAUAAAAGGCGAUCACAGGAACCAGAUAGAGGUGACCGGUGUCGAAGUUGAUAUGAUCCCUCUCAUCAAAAAACUCAGAAAGGAGGUAGCAUUUGCAGAGCUUGUAAGCGUGACCAAAGUCGAACCUCCGAAGAAAGAAGAGGAAAAGAAGGGAGGGGAUGGAAAAGAUGCAGCAGGGGGAAAAGACGGUGACAAAAAAGGUGGCGAGAAGAAAGGGACAGAUGAUAAGAAAGGGACAGAUGACAAGAAAGGAACAGAUGACAAGAAAGGGCAAGAUGAUAAGAAACCACCUCCAGUGCCAACACCUGUGCCGUGUUAUCCAUGGCCUCAGGGAUACGGUGUGCCUUCCUCCUAUCCCCAGGGAUACGGUGUGCCUUCUGCUUUUCCUCACCCGUGCAAUCCCUACAAUUAUAUAGGUGAGCCCGUUUUCAACCACGAACCCAAGUGCACAAUCUUGUGAAACGGAGAUUGCAGAGUAAGAUCGAUGGAGCAUGAUAGACAAUGUUUUUCUUUGUAAAGAAUCAAUGUGUUUACUUAUUUAGUCAUAUGAAUAAAACUCUGUGGGAACCAAAUCAACUUACUGCUAUCU